AGGAUGUCUGGUCGUGGGAAAGGCGGAAAGGGCUUGGGCAAAGGGGGAGCGAAAAGGCACCGGAAGGUGCUCCGCGAUAACAUCCAAGGCAUUACGAAGCCGGCUAUUCGCCGCUUGGCUCGCCGCGGAGGCGUGAAGCGAAUUUCUGGAUUGAUCUACGAAGAGACCCGUGGAGUCUUGAAGGUCUUCCUGGAGAACGUGAUCCGCGAUGCCGUGACCUACACAGAGCACGCUAAAAGGAAGACAGUGACGGCCAUGGACGUGGUGUACGCGCUGAAGCGCCAAGGGCGUACCUUGUACGGCUUUGGGGGCUGAUUCCAGACAAAAGAGACAAAAAUAACGGCCCUUUUAAGGGCCACCCACAAUUUCAGAAAAAGAGUUGCAGCAUAUA